CUGGCGCACCCGGUUCUAAUGCAACAUCUUUCUCUUCUCAACGGACGGCAAGUGAACAGCACUUAAACAUCGGGAUAAACACCUGAUCCAUCACGGUCUUUAAAACAAGAGGGUCUUUUUUCGUGAUGUGCGACACACGAGCUCUGCAUAAGCUCAAACGUUCGAUUCUGUGAGGUAUUUUAACUUACGGUCCGCUGACCGCCCAAGAUCCUCACAUUUCAGCACGUCUCGCUUCGCCGGUGUCUGGGCUGUAACAUUUGGCUAACGGUGAACACGCUAGCUAGAUAAGCUGAUUUAUUAAGUGAAAUUACUGAGAUGAGCACUUUCAGUCUCACGUGAACUCUUCCGCCGUGUUCGUAGUGAGAGGUCUGGUUUGUAAGCCGGCCGGUAGCGUAAUGGAGGGACAUGUGACGUGGUAACGUAGUCAGCUCGAGCUCUCACCGUGGCCUCAGCUGCUCUUUAACUCUUCGAGUUAGCUGUGAUUAGCUCUGAGCCGGUUGGCACUGUAGCUUACUUAGUUAAGUGUGAAGAUAUUCAGGACUCCAGCAUUGCGGGACACCCAUGAUGCACCAGCAGGGCUCGUUCAUGCCCCCCUUGCUCAGCGAUGUGUCCUGCGAAUGCCGGUCAGCUGACACACACCCAGGGGUCGACCCGGGCGGCGGAGGCGGGCGCGCCGGGGACCCCUCUGCUUCCCCGACUAAACCAGUCCCCAGACAGCCCGUAACCGGUGACUUGCACCCGGACCCCGACCAGUCAGCGCAUCCAUGUGACAUAUGUGGCGGGCCCGAGCAGGAGCACAGACUGAAGGUGCUGUUUCAGGUCCUGGAUGUGAACGGGGAUGGAGGCAUCUGUGUCAACGACCUGACGAUUGGGCUGAAGAAACUAGGGGUGCAUCGCACUGAACAUGAGCUCAUGAAAAUAGUGAAAGCAGGAGACAAAGACCUGGACGGACAGUUAGACUUUGAGGAGUUUGUUCAUUAUCUCAGAGACCACGAGAAGAAACUCCGGCUGGUCUUCAAGAGUCUGGACAGGAAGAAUGACGGCCGGAUCGACUCACAAGAAAUCAUGCAGUCUCUUCGUGACCUCGGAGUGAACAUCUCUGAGGAACAGGCUGAGAAGAUUCUCAAAAGUAUGGAUAAAAAUGGCACAAUGACAAUUGACUGGAAUGAAUGGCGGGAUUACCACCUCCUGCAUCCAGCAGACAACAUCCCUGAGAUCAUCCUCUACUGGAAACACUCCACGAUCUUUGAUGUUGGGGAGAGUUUGUUGGUGCCUGAUGAGUUCACGGCAGAAGAGAAGAAAACAGGAAUGUGGUGGCGACACCUAGUGGCUGGAGGAGGAGCUGGUGCUGUGUCUCGAACCUGCACAGCACCGCUGGACAGGCUCAAAGUACUCAUGCAGGUUCAUGCCUCCAAGAGCAACAGCAUGCGCAUCGCUGGGGGGUUCGGCCAAAUGAUCCGAGAGGGCGGUGUGAGGUCAUUGUGGCGAGGCAACGGCAUCAAUGUCAUCAAAAUCGCCCCCGAGUCUGCUAUUAAGUUCAUGGCCUACGAACAGAUUAAACGAUUAAUUGGAAGCAACCAGGAGACGCUGGGCAUCUCAGAGAGACUGGUGGCAGGCUCACUGGCUGGAGCAAUCGCUCAGAGCAGCAUCUACCCCAUGGAGGUCCUGAAGACACGGUUAGCCCUGAGGAGGACGGGCCAGUACUCUGGCAUUUUGGAUUGUGCCAAACAUAUGUUCCACAAGGAAGGUGUGGCUGCUUUCUACAAAGGCUACGUCCCCAACAUGCUGGGCAUCAUUCCCUACGCUGGCAUCGACCUAGCUGUCUAUGAGACUCUGAAGAAUUCCUGGCUGCAGCGCUUUGCCACAGACAGCGCUGAUCCGGGAGUGUUUGUGCUGCUGGCUUGUGGCACCACUUCCAGCACGUGUGGCCAGCUGGCCAGCUACCCACUAGCCCUGGUCAGGACUCGAAUGCAGGGCCAAGCUACCCUGGAAGGAGGCCCUCAGAUGACCAUGACGGGCCUGUUCAGACACAUCAUUAGGACCGAGGGGCCCAUGGGACUCUACCGAGGCCUGGCACCCAACUUCAUGAAAGUCAUUCCAUCUGUCAGCAUCAGCUACGUUGUUUACGAGAACCUGAAGCUCACGCUGGGGGUCCAGUCAAAGUGAGGAAGGAGGCCAAAGGUUAUUUUGUUUCCUUUUCUUUUGAGCUGAAGAUUGACUGUGCUGGGCUCUAAGAAACAAGCAGCUACCAUUCCGUAUAUUUCAAUCAAAUAAUCAAAUUCCAGUAUUUAAAGGAUAAAUGUUAAAUGUGAAUGAAGAGGAAUGUGAACAUGUAGGAAAGCCUGUUAGCUGCUCUAUUUAAAUCAUUUAGCAAUCCAGCUGUGCUACAACACCUGUUAAUCUCUGUUUAGGAAGACAAAAGUUUACAUGUAAUUAAUUGAAGUUGUUUACUGUUGUACCAGUAAAAUGUACCUGCUUGUUUUGGGCACUGACAUUGAAAUGGCAGGAACAGUCCUGCUGGCCUGUGUAAAGGAAGAACCUUUGCUUUGAAGGGCUUUGUUAAGGAUAUCUGAAAGCAUUUCCCAUGUCUACCUGGUGGAAGACUUGCACAGCACUAAUCAUUUGAAGUACACUGUGCACAAAUGUAAUGUGGACAUAACUUUUGCAGGUAUGCAGAUUCCCUUUGUGCAUGUAAUAUGCUCCUUUUUUAUGUAGAUGGCAGCUUUGUUCUGUGUAACAAGGUGAUCAGUGGUCAAACAAGACCUCAUUAAAGAAUGAACUUUGCUGUAGUUAGGUCUCAACUAGGAAUGCAUGAUAUUGGAUUUUUGCCGAUAUCUGAUAUGCCGAAAUUUUCCAACGGAUGCGAUAUAUGCAUAUAUUUAUUUCCACUUAACUGCUGAGAACAUCAGCAGCUCUUUAGAUGGACAAUUAAAUGUGUAGUGUUGAAGGAAUGCUAUUUGGCUCCUCCUCGCAAGACUGACGCUGAGCAAUCAUUGCAAAUAGCAACUUUGCAAUCUGUUUCACACACUUCAAAAAACCUCUACACUGCAGACAUACUCAUGUCGCAUGUGCAUAAUUUAAGUGUCCCCUUAUUGGCCUGUCCUAUCGGCAGCAAUGUAAUUUCGGGCCGAUACUGAUGACGUGCCAAUAUUAUUCUGCAUCCCUAGUCCCAACAGCUCAAGAGCUUUUCACAUCUACAAACGUUAGUGCCAUCAUUUAUCCUUACGUCCGGCCGACUACAGAUGACAGGCCAUGCAUAUAGAUCACAAUCACAACUAAACUCUCAAAAACAAUAUUGUUUAAUACGUCAUGCAGAUAUGUGCAAUUUUAUGUUGUUGACCUGUGUAUUUGUCAUUGUCAUCAAAAUUCCUCAGCAGACAUGUUUCUCUUUAUCCUCCCCAGAGGGUCAGCCUUUCCAUUAUAGACACUCCAACACCCCUUGAGGCCUAAAUGUCAGUUUCCAUAGGCAUUUUCAUUAAAUUGCCUGAACACAUGCUAAUGCUUCCACAGGGAUGAAUCCAGUCGUUUGACUCACCCCUUUCCUCCGGCAUUAGCCUUAUGUUUUUAAUCCUACCUUUGGUAAGGUUCUAGGAAUAGUGCAAAUAGUAUGAUCUUAUCAUAUUUCAUACAGCGUUCCAGCUCUGUCUCUUGCUCUCCUGCUGCCCAAACAGCCACCAAGCUACGGAAGCAUAAUGCAUUCACUUGAGGAAAAAAAAUUAGAGAUAAUUAUGAGAGAAGAUUUGAAGGUUUAAAAAAAAAAAAAAAGAUUUUGUUCUGGGUUUUUUUUUUUUUUAUUAACAAGAUACCUCAAUUUCUCAAGAAAGCUCUCAUUUAGCUCGAUUUCAUGGAGGCAAACAUGUCCCACCUGUUUAGUUUAAUCCAGUUUUAUCUUGGUUUGGCUUUUAGACAUUGGGAGAUACUCCUGACUUUAAGUGAUACAGAUAGUAUCAGUGUUAUCAGUUUAAUGACCCCAUUCUAAAUCAUAAAGGCCCAUGUUGUUGUUGUUGGAGGGUCAGGCUGAUAAGCAUCAACAACCGUGGCCUACUCCAUGCAGGUCAGAGCUUCCCGCAAGGAGUUUGAGGUAUUUCAUUAAUUCAGAAAAACAGAAAAGUGUCUGUUAGAAAGGUUAUAAUAUCAGUGACGUGACUCUGUAAUGUCAGUUACAUAGCAUCUAUCUUAAGUUUUCGAACAUUAGCUACUGGUCAUACCAGACCAAUGAAGGCUGCAGCAGCAAACCCCUGAGUUACUGAGCUGAGCAAGCAUGUAUUUUGUUUCUUCUAUUUCUCUGAAUUCAGUUUUUCAUUUGUAUAGAGUGAUUUUUUUUUUAAAUAUUGUGUCAGCAGAUCCAAUAGGGCUGUUGGUGUGAUUUAAAGACAAUAGACAUGCCUUUUAUUAUUAAUUGUUUUAUGGAGAAUAACUCCUCCCAAAGUCGUUAAGCAUUUACCUGUAACCUGAGUGACAGCAAGAGAAAGAAGGCUGCAACAACAAAAGGAAUGCGACCUGUGGACGUCGGGCUGGUCGUCACAAUGAGACAGGAUUAAAAGCAGCAGUAGUCAUUGAUACAAAGAUGAGGAUAAAUGACUCAAGAGCAGCUUGCCUGUUUUUAGAUGCCACGGAUGUCCACACUGUAAAGCAGUGGGGGCCUUUGCACCCCCUAACAAAAGUUUGAAUUCUUGCCAUAAUUGUAGAAAUUUCUAAUUAGGUGUCAUUUACAUUUUCAUAUCAAGUCAGCUAAUUAAAGUUUAGGAAGGCCAUGUGUGUACUGAUUUGUGCGGAAGAGGAUUAAGGAGAUUAAAGUCAGAAUUCUGUGAAAAAAGUCAGAACUCUAAAAAAAAUUUCACAUGUGGCCCUAAUCCUCUUCCGCAGAUUUGACUGUAGUGUCAGCCAAAGCAGGCAUAAGCUGUUUUCACUGAAGAGCAAAAAAAAAAAAAAAGAAGAAGAUAUCUUAACCAUCGGGCCCAGCUGAUUUAACAAAACACGUGUGAUUAAACUUUACUUUGUGUUUAACAAUGUUACUACGAGGCAGUGCUGUUGAGGACAGCUUUUUAGUUUGGUGCUCUAAAUAUGUUGGGAGAAUAAGACACUGAGUUUGUCCCUUCAAUCGUCAUACUGAUCUUGCCUUGCAAUGUUUUUGUAGAGUGAUAUUUUUAGUACCAAUAAUAUAACGUUUUGAGGUUAGUGUCGGUAGCUGGACCUCUAAGGAACAUUCACCAGCUUGUCGGCUAAAGACAUUUUCCAUUUUUGUACAAUGUAAAUAAGUCAGAUGGCAGGACAUCCAAGCCGAGGCAGCGCUCUCACCCUGACUGAUGCCUGUGUCAAAUGGCCACAGAUUUCCAUGAGUGCCUUGCUUGCCAAGCCUCUCCUAGGUAAAUGCACCUAAACACUGAGAGGUGGAGUCUGUGGAACAUUAAAAGCACUUUUAGGUACUCUGCUUGAAAUUUUUUUUUUUUUUUAUGUCCGUAUAUAUUUAUUUAUUUAUUUACAAAAAAGGAUUAAUGACUGAAUAUGUGAUCUGUUGGUUGAUCUGUUGGUUGCUGAAUACAUAACUUUCAGGUGGCUUUUUGAUUUAAGUAAUCUGUGGUCUUGCUGAAAAACUGAGGCCAGUGGUUUGUUUUGAGUGAUAUGAUUUAAAAUUCAAAGCCUUAAAGAUGUGGAGUGGUCAAUACUAAACUAAGAGAGCCCUCAGUAAAGUGCAAUCAAGCAAAACUUUAUUUAUAUAACACCUGCUGCACAGAGCUUGAAGUACCGCAGAAGUUGCAACCACAAAAACCAUGUGGCUAGUGUAAAGAAAACUCGUUAGGUAGAGAGGUCGUGUGUCCGAGAAGUUCCCCCAUCAGCAGCAAUGUGUAUAUAAAUCCCACCCCACAGUUUCCACAUACCUUGUCACUCGAUGGGGAUGUUCUCUGCUAUUCUGGACUGUAACAAGCAUAUUUUUUACUAUUAAAGAUGUAUUUCAACCUAUUUCUUGAGGCUAAAAAAAUCAUAGUUGCAAGGCACAACUUUUUCCAUUUAAAUAAACAUUUCCAACAUUUUGCUGGGGCUGAAUGCACUACAGUUAUUACCGAAUGCCACAAGAAUAACACGCCUGUGUCGUACAUAUUAUUGCAUGUUAUGACAAGGAACUUUUCGCGUGUCAUUUCCCACCCUUUAGUCUCUUCCCUGUCAUGUUAUGCACAAAUGGCAUAGAGGGGGAAAAAAAGUAAGGUGAUGUAAUAUAAAGAGAGACAACACAUUGUGACAAGGUCGGAACGGAUGGAUGGGUCACAUUAACACAGGACUUUCCCAGGAGGCCACUGUUCGUGUCCCGUGUGAAACCAAAGGUCAACGCUGACUUAAUUUAACUUGCGUACAUGAGUUAACUUGGCUAGCAUAUUUAACUUACUUUACGCAUGUAACGUCAUGUAACUUACGUAGAUAACUUGACUAAUGUUGCAGCCAAAGGUGGUAUAAAACAGAUUAGUCAAUAAAAUGGGUAAAAAACUGAGAGUCACCGCAACCAAGAGGGGUCCUUAAGCAUAAGUUCAGUAUUUAAACUAGCAGGCUUAAAGCAGGGGUAGGCGGUUUAUUUCAGAAGCAUUUUUGUUACAUUUGUUGAUAUUCUUUUUACAACCUGACAGCAAUCAAAUCAAACGCUCUGUGCCAGUAUCUGGCAGUUGCAGGACUUCAAUAAGCACGUCCCAUUCAUUCAGACCGAAUGAAAUGAUUGGCUGGCCUGACCUUCCUGCCUACCUGUGUGAGCACACUGCCUGUGCACACAGUAUAAACAUGAUUUUCUGAGGAGUGGCUUUGGAAGGAGGGAUUUUUCGGUUGGAUACUGGUAGCUACUCGGCCAGUUGGCACCUGUUGGCUUGAGCAAUAAUAUCAAAGUGAUUCUGAAGUAAAAAGUGGCAUGCAAAGUGUUGUUUGUAGGAAUGCCAUUCAGACUUCUGAAAAAGGGUGUAGGAUAGUAAAUGAUGUCUGUUAAAAGAUAAUUUUGCCUGUCAAGAAAAUCGCAGUUUGUUGUACAGCAAAGUAACAUUUAGUUUUGUGUGAAACCACUCAAUGAGCUACACCUACCAACAUGUUUAAGCUGUAAUGCUAGCAAAGUUUCAUAGCUUGGUUGCUACUAGCUAGGUAAUUUAGCUGUGUUCCACAUACAGAUGUUUCUCACCUGAUGUUUAAUCCAACGACUCUUGGUCCUUUCAUCACAUCAUCUACUCAUGGUAGUUCUUGGACGUUAGCUUCAGUGACGUUAGCUCCAGUGAGAGGAAAAGUUAUGAUGUCAAUAUGCAACUUUUGUGUUUGUGGUCUUUCUAAUUACAUAUUUUCACAAUCUUAUACUUUGACAGUUUAAUGACAAACUGCAACUUUCUUGACUUGCAAAAUUAUAUUUGAAAUUAACAAACAUCCUAGAGUAAUUAAGGGCACGGUUCAAAUGGGAUCAAAAAAUUAAUUGUCUCUCGCCUUUGACUACCAUACAUAUUUUCCUAUGGUCGUCCACCAGAAGGGCAGGGACUUAGGCUCUCCAUUUUAAAAUAAGUCACAUCAAACUCUGUUAUUAUGAAAAUAAGAUGAUGAAAUAAUAUUAAAUUAUUUCACACAUUAUUGUUUCAUGUCUAUAUUUUGCAUAAAUUUUAUUUCAUAGUUUUACUUUUUAGCAUUUAUUUUCUGUUGAAUCUUUUGGGGCCCCAUAUAAAGGUUCUAAUGAUGACACGUCUGAUUUCUCUUCAGCAGCAGUUUGUUAUGGUGAUAAGUUAUGAACCCUGCAUUUCAGCUGGAAACACUGCUCAGGCAAAAACACAGUAUCAGGAAUAUAUCCUGAAGAAUAAACACAUUAUGGGCAGUGAUAGAUGCAGCCUGAACACGAUGACAUCAUGUUGAAGUAUAUGUGGAAAGUAGCUGUUUUCAUCAACAGGCAGCUCCCCUGCUAUACAAACCAAUGUUCCGUACAAUCUGUGUGCGUUUGGUCCAGCUGCAGUCUCAGUUGCUGGUCUCCUUGUGACAUUCAGAAUGCCUGACUGCUUUUGUCAGCUGCCUCACUUGAGCAGCUUUUGAAGUCACGCUGUGUCUUUGUAGCCGGUGGAGGGCUUACAUUUGCUCCUUUUGUUUAUCCUCAUUCGCAGGUUUGGAAGCAUAUCAGUCCAUCCCUCUUUCCUCCUCUUCCCCUCUAAGCCCUCGCCUCGCGCUGAUAUCAUAUAUGCAUAAAGUGGUGACACAGAAUGGUGUCAUAUGGCUGCGUGUACAUUUUUUUCCCAUAUUUUGUACUGUGAAAAGUCAAGCUCUAAUGUCUUAAAAGUAGCCUUUACCUGCCUGUAUGUUGUACUUACCAACAAGCAGUGGAACUUGAAAUGCACAGGAUCUGACUACACAAACUGAAUGCUACAAUGUAAAGUGGUAAAUGGUGGCAUCGUUUAGAAAAUGUAUUCAGUAUAUAUAUAUUUCUAUUUUAUUUUAUUAUGCUAGCUGUAAGUGAUGGAGAUGAAAGAAUGCGUAUGUGAGUUCUUGUAUAGUAUUUGUCUGUAGAUGCAUCCAUUGAAAGAAUGUUAUGAUUGUAUUUAUGCUUGUAUAUCUCGGUUGUCAAAUAAACUAGUUCAGCACUGUU